CCUGCUGUAUUUCCAUUUCCGAUGAUGUAUGCUCCAAACGCAGCACUUAAUCAUCCAAACAAUGGAGAAAUGGAUAUGCGUACCCCGCUUGAUGCACUGAUUACCGAAAAGUCCCUGAGCUUCGUGCACGGCCAGGGCAAUCCUGACCUGGCCGACUUGGUUUUGAACGGUCCCGGCUCGGAAAACCUGCCCGUCAAGAACGUCUGCGCGAAGGUCGCGCCUGAGCUGGCAGACGAGAUUGACGGUAUCUGCGGCUUGCUGGGCAUCAGCAAGCGGCGCUUCUUGGAGGCCGCCUUCAUCGAAGCCGUCCGUAAGGCGAAAACCAUCAUGGCAGCCGAGGGCGUGAUGGACGCGCUCGAUGGUGAGCCGCCGCUCGGCCACGAGCUGGCAGCCGUGGAGGCUUGA